GAGGCGCGCAAACGGCGAUGCGCGCUCCCGACAAUAAACAACUGACGCUUUCAUCCGGGAACUUUAUGGAACUCGCUCUCCAACAUGGCGGCGUCAGCUAAGAAGAAGAACAAGAAGGGGAAGACCUUCAGUCUCACUGACUUCCUGGCAGAGGACUCUGGAGGCAACCCCGCCGCGCCUCCCAGCUACCCAAGCAAGUCCACGAGUUGGGCAGAUGAUACUGACGACCUGGAUGGAGACGGUGAGCAGAAAAAAACGAAUGUCUCAACGUCAUGGCACACUGACGAGGAUACAUACAGGGCGCCCCCCAUUGACCGCUCCAUCCUGCCGACUGCCCCUCGCUCGGCGCGCGAGCCCAACAUCAACCGCGCCAAACUGCCCCGCAGCCCGCCGUACACCGCCUUCCUCGGCAACCUGCCCUACGAGGUCACCGAGGAGUCCAUCAAGGACUUUUUCCGGGGCUUGGCUAUCAGUGCAGUGCGUCUGCCCCGGGAGCCGAACAACCCGCAGAAACUGAAGGGCUUCGGCUACGCCGAGUUUGAUGACGUGGAUUCUCUCCUGAGGGCUCUCAGUCUCGACGAGGAGAAUCUAGGGAAUCGCAGGAUUCGUGUUGACAUUGCAGAUCAAUCUGACAAAGACUUUUACUCGUCAGAUAAAGACGGCGGGCCCAUGGGGGGCAGAGACAGGGGAGGGCGCAUGGCCGACAUGGGACCUGACAAAACGGACAGUGACUGGAGAGCUCGGCCGAGUUCAGAUGCUGAUGACGGGCCUCCACGAAGGGAUGAUGCUUUUGGAGAAAGACCACGGGACCGUUACGAGUCAGACCGCUACAGAGACGGCCCGAGGCGCGACGAUCGAUACGAAGGAGGAAGAGACCGCUACCGUGAUCGCUAUGACGACCGGGACCGGAGGGAUCGUUGCGACGAUCGGGACCGCAGAGAUUAUGAUCGAGGCGGUUUUGAUUCUCGCGGCGGCGGGGGAGGUCGCCGUGCCUUCGGUACUGGCUUUCGUCGAGAUUACGAUGACACUCGGGGAAGCGGCGAUCGCUACGGCGACAAGGAUCGCUACGCCGAUCGGGAUGACCGAUACGAGAAACGAGACGAGCGCCGUGAGGAGAGAGCUCCUAUACAAAGACCCAAGUUGAACCUGAAGCCUCGGUCAGUCCCGAAAGAAGAAGAAGGUCCUGGCAACAGCGGCGGCACGUCUCCGGCUGCCGCUCCCAGCUCCGGCAGCAGAGCCUCGUCCAUCUUUGGCGGAGCCAAACCUGUUGACACAGCGGCCAAGGAGAGGGAGGUGGAGGAGAGACUGAAGAAGGAGGAAGAAAGGCUGCAAAGGCAGUUGGAGGAGGACAAGAGCCGAGGAGGACCUGACAGGAAGAUGAGGGACAGGGAACCUGGUUGGCGCAAUGAAGAGACUCCCACUGAGCGAUCUCGCACAGGAAGCGAAUCUUCACAGCAAGGAAGCACUUCUGGAAAAGGUUCAAGGUGUCGAGAUGGCGAGCGCUCCGGAGAGAACGAGGUUUUCUCUGGGAGAGAAGGGGUCUCCUCUUCCCCUGUGCCCUCACCGCAGAGCUCUUCCUCCAAAGAACCACUGAAGGUGAUGCCUGCUCCUCCUCCCAAGGAGAACGUGUGGGCCAAACGGAGUGCAGCCAGCACAAGCUCCAAUGACGGAGACAGCCGGGCCCCGGUCUCCCCCGUCUCACCAGGCGGGUCGACUCCUCCCAAGCUCAGUUCCUCAAGUUCUUCAGAUGAAAGAGGUUCUGGAAAAGAUGAGAACCGGGGCCGAGGGGGGCCUGCUGGGCCUGGAGCCGGGCGGGGCCGAGGAGAAGCGCCUAACAAAGACCGAAGAAAGGAGGCAGACAAAAAGGACCUCAAAAAAGACAGAGACUCCAAACCCCCCCCAGAGCCAAAGAAAUACGAAGAAACCCCAACCCCUAAAUUCAGCUCUGCUAGCAAGUACGCUGCUUUGCUAAUGGACGGAGACCAAGGAGACGACACAGAAGACGUGGAGUAGAGAACCCGGCAAGAAAAACAAAAACGAAAUGCCUCAAGUUCAAGAAGAAAAUGACAGUUUUGGAAAAAAAAUAAAAUAAAGAAAAAAUGACCACACAUAGUUUAUUGAGACAGCUCCUCACGCUGAAGUGGCUCCUCCCUCUUUUCCUCUGUCAAACCUGACCCCCCCCCCCCCCCCCCCCCCCCGCGCUUUCUUUCCUGCCAACAUCCGGACUUGUCAGUUCUAAAAAAAAAUAGCCACAUACUGGACUUGUUUUAAAUGGGAAAGAGGAGAAGCUGACACAGGAAAAAAUGGAUGAAAUUGAAUUAAUUGUAAUAAAUAAAUGGAAGAAAAUAAA